AUGGGUAUCGUGGCAAUCAUUGGGAGUGAUGAAUUGUUAGCAUGCUUCGUAGCCGGAAACUCUUUCACUUGGGACGACUGGUUCCGCAUGGAAACCGUGGAGUCUCACUUUCAGCCGAUUCUUGAUAUGCUACUGAACUUGGCAGUAUUUGCCUACAUCGGUGCAAUCAUGCCCUUCUCAUCUUUCGCCGAUGUCUCUUUGGGUCUGUCGUAUUGGCGUCUGAUCGUGAUGGCCACCCUUAUAAUCCUGUUUCGGCGAGUCCCAAUCGUAAUGGCAUUGAUGAAAAAGAUACCCGCGCUAAAAACUUAUCGCGAAGGACUCUUUGCUGGAUGGUUUGGUCCCAUCGGCGUUGGCGCUGUCUUUUACGGCGAACUCACAAGGGAGGCCUUGGUAGAAUAUGAUGCGCUUUCUACGGCCAAAGAUCUUAUUAAACCAAGUAACAUAAAUAAUGUAAUCAAGCUGGAUGGCACAAUCAUUCGAAGGAUGAACACCCAAUCUGUUGAAAAGAUUGAAACUAUCUCCGUUGAAGCCAAAGAUUUUAUUGAGCCUAAUAAUUCGUCCUCCUCAUCCACCGUACGCGAAAUUGAACAAACAAUUGUCAGCACCAGUGACAAUAAGGAUGACGUCGUCGUUAACGUUGGUCAAGGGGUGGUUGAGACAACUCAUUCCACCGAAAUAACCGGUGCCCACCACGAUCACGAUGACAUCAUUGAGGAACAAAUUAAGGAAGAUCAAAAAACCCGUGUAAUUCCAAACCCUCCUUGA